CUUUCAUGAUCACACUGGUGUUCAUUGAUGAACCAACAGGAUUCAACACAAGAACAGAAAAAUCAUUAUCUUACAGCAUGAAAGUUGCUACCUGUGGCCUCUUUAAUCCGUCUAAGCUUGUGAUGCUUCUCUAAAUCCAUCCAAUCUGUUGAGUCCCUCACUUAACAGCCACACUCAACAAAUCUGGGUCAAUAGAACGUCCCUCCUCUCUGUGCAAAGAAGAAAAUGUUAAAGCUGCUUUAAAUGGCUUCUUUAUCCAGUAUUAUUCAAGAUUUCAUCAACAUUCCUGGAAGGAGGCUUCAGAGCCAAGAGGAGGUCUGAAAAUAUCACACAGAAAAAUGGAACAUCAAGACCCUGUGAAAAGAAGCUGGAGAAAAUGUUUGUGCUGUCAGAGACAGGUGGAAUUUGGUGGGAUGGUGAAACGUCAUGAAAUAGCUAAUGAAGUCAAAGGAAGCAGUGUGCAGCUGGAGGAACAGUCAGAUAUCUACUGGGACUUAUGGACUAGUGUUGAGCCAGCGAGAGUCAAGAACUGCAAUGGCAGAUCAUUCGCCAUGGACGCUAGAAAAAGACUGGAUAGCUUGAAGUCUGGCUGUAAUUCACCACAGCCAUGGGAUAGUUCUGACAGCCCUUUGUACUACUAUGACAGAGAAAAAGACCUCUGGGAUGGUGAAGACCCAGAGGUGGAGCAGUCUGCUUUAGACGUGGUGGACAUCCUUGAUUUAGAGGGAAACUUGGAGGAUGAAGAGAUUUGGUUAUAUGAACCUCCAAACAAGCAGUCGUUUGAAAAGGACUCUGCUCUCAGAUGGUGCCGACACGUACUGGAUAACCCCAGUCCUGAGAUGGAAGCUGCACGUCGGGGACUGAUGAAAAGCCUGCAUGGAAGAUCAAGUUACUACCUCUACAGACAUGCACCAGUUGUCACUCAUUCAUCCCGUGGCUGUUGGGAAAAAACAUCGGUCAACACAUCCCUCAAUGACUCUGAUGGUUUAGAUCCUGAUAAGGAUUACAGAUUACAGGAUAUAACGGAUGUUCAUAUUAUGGCCAAGAUACAGGAAAACAGUUUAAGACAGGAAUAUAUUUCCCUGCCGGCUGUUGCUCUCUUGAAGAGAAACCCAGACAUGUUUUCCUCCUUUUCCAACUCUGAGGUUGACCACAGCGAUGACUUCAGUCCCAGAAUUAAAAACAGUGUUCCAGGUUUUCCUUGCAAUCCUGAUCCAGCAGCAGUGGGCUCUCCCAGCUGCAGGUUACCGGUGCCAGCGGCCAAGGAGGGCUGCCAGAGUCCAAAACUGACCAAACUUCAUCAGCAAGUGACCCAGUUCAAGCUGCUGAGACUCGCUCAGAGUAAAGCGUCUUCAGGCAGGACCAGGUCACCGAGGCAGACGAGUCUGCGGUCCCUGCAGGCCGUCAGGAACAGCCGGAGCUUAGAGGUCGAUGACUACCAACCUGCUGGCAAAACCAGCCAACAUCCACCAGCUCCAGGCUAUGGAUUUGCAUCCCUGAACUCCAGCAGCGGGACCGACCUGUUGAGGGACUCGGAGCGGAUAACAGCGAUGAGAAGACAGUUCAGGUCCCAGUCUCUCAGUCCCAGCAGGCCUCACCCAUCCAAGGGGUACCUUCCUGUUCGCGGGCGGGUUUUUGCCUCACAGGAGAGCCCGACCAAGGCGGCUUGGGGCAGACAUGCCUCAUCCACUCAGAGAUAAAAUAUUUUGCCAGGGAAUCUCUUUUCAUAAGGAAGGACACGAAAAGUAUUCACACCCCUAAAACUUCCAGCAUAUCUGUGACCUUCUAACCCCGACCUGCCAUGUAUUUAUUGGGAUGUGACAGAUAAAAACAGAGAAGUGCAUGACCUGACCCCUUUACUCUGAUACCCCCUAAAAAUAUCUGGUGAAUUUAGGCCUUAACAAAAACAAAUAUUGCUGGACGAUAAAUUGUCCCAGAAAUUAUUGCAAUAAACAAUAAAAAUGGUCUGAAUCCAACGUGCUGCGACACUGCAGCUAUCACGUUAGGCUUAGAAACCAAAUUCAUGCAUUAUGAUAAAUUGACUUUACAUUAAAACCAUAAAGGUAAAGAAUAAAAAAGGUCCAAAUGACCAACCAGUUAUGGCACAUAUUAUCAUAAGAAAAUAGUUUUUCUCUACUGGGAUAAAACUCCUGCAAGCUGCAAGAAAAUCUUUGCUUUGCUAGUCUUUUUUUUUUAUUUUUUACUUUGUUGGACCUUUUGAAUUUGCUGUGAAAUGUAUAUUUUAUUAUCACGUAUUUAUGGUUUUGUAAAACAAGGAGAAAUAAGGGAAACAAGCAUGCAGAUGUAAUCACACAUCUCAUUUAAAAUGUAAAUAAAAUGUAAAUUUAUUGUUUAUCUGGAUUAGGAGAGUAUUGGCAUAGGUGUCACAAUACAAUAUCAUCACAGUAUUGCAAUAUCACUAUAUACUGAGAUAUUUUUCCUAGCUAUCAAAUUAAGUGUAUAGAUAAACAAGCAAUUCCUGUAAAUGUUCGUUAGAAGAUAUUGAUCAUUUAGUUAUUUUGGUUUCCAUGUUGUUUGGGGGUUGAGUCAGUCCAUCAGAUGGUGCUGCACCGCACAGCUAAAGGGUUCCACAGCACCACCUUUUUGCUUUUUUUUUUUUAAAUCGACACUAGGAGCUGGAAGAUUGAUAUUAUAUCGGGGAGCCGGGAAAUCACGAUAUAUCGCCAAACCAAUUUUUUUCCACACCCCUAACUGGACAAACCCUAAAACAUAGACUUAGAUAGAAGGAAGGAAUUGCUGAAAGUAUUUCAUAACAUGGCUACUUUUCUCUAUGUUGAUGUUACAAACUAAGCCUCAAACUGAAGACAUUAAAUGUGGUGUGCCUCCAUCAGGUUUCUCCUUGGCAAAGUUUGCAAAAGAGCAUUUUAAAGAAUGUUUAUAACAAACAUGGCAGUUUGUGGCUAAGAGAUGCUUAAAACUACAUGUAACAGGGGUAAUCACUUUCUCAACACGGCCUAGUUGGUGUAAUUCAUUCACAGGCUGCUAUAAUAGACUUGGACAACUUUUAUUGUAACUUUGUAUAUCCAGAUUGUAUAUGAAAUAUAUGAAAUGUCUUUAAUGGAGGGAAGAGGAGCCUCGAUGAUCUUCUCUGCUGUUCUCUGAUGCGGAAAUGUGGUAAAACUCUAUGUCUGAGCGGCUGAACUGGAGCUCCGCUCUGAGCAGAACUGCUGCAAUAGGAAGUUUGCAGUUUUUCAUCAUCACGGCAGAGAAGCGAGCAAACGCAUGAGAGGAAGUGUCGCAGAAACCGAGGUGUUGAUUUGGUGUCACUGCCUUUUAAUAGUAGUUCAGCAUUUGAAGAGGAGGCUUACCAUCUGGUGGUGGAGGGAAACUGACCCAUUUUUACAUCCCUUUGAGCUUGUUUGAAUAACCUAUUUUAUUAUUCAUAAACAUAUCUGUCAAAGUCA